AUGUUCGGUGGAGGGAAGUUUAAACCCAGACAUGGGAAGCAAAACAGUGUCACAUUCUUACCAUUACCUGCUACUUUUAAUCGUACUUUACAUAGAAGAAAUAUACCUCAAAUACUAUUCAUUAGUUUAAUCAUAUGGUAUAUGUUUAAUCCUUUAAGUUUUAUAACAGCAAUGUUUAAAACCCCAGUCACAACUGCAUAUCCAACACCACAUGCCUUAACCACAAGGCAUACAGUAGAAACAAAUUCUAAAUACAUUUAUCCUCAUGUUGAAGAUGUACCAACUUUAAAACAAAUUACAAUUGAUAAAUUAUUUAAAGUUUCCAGAGUUAGAGAUUCAAAUUUCCCAGAAAUUGAAAAAACGAUAUAUUCAUCAUUGAAUUCAAUGGAUGAUCCAGAUCCAGCGAUUCAAAAGACAAAAGAAGAUCAAGAAAAUGCCGUUUCUGAUAUUUCUAAAGUUAUUAAUAAUUUCAAAAAUCUUGAUAAAGUCAUAUAUAAACCAAAAUCAGGAUCAAUUGCCGAUUAUCCUGAAGUUGUAAUUGUUACCGCAUUGGAUUAUGAAAAAUAUUCAUUUGCUGCCUUAACCAAAAUUAUUCAAAACAGAGUCGAUUAUGGACAUUUCCAAAAUUAUGGAGUCUAUGUUAGAUGGGUUAAUGAAUUCUUACCAAUUAUCAAUUCAAUAAAUAAUCUUCAUGAUAAAGAAAAAUCCAAAUGGGUUCGAUUAUAUGCCAUACAAGCUGCUAGAUUUGCAUACCCGCAUGCAAAAUGGUUCUGGUAUCUUGAUCAAAGUGGGUUUAUUAUGGAUAUGACGAUAAAUAUCCAAGAAUAUAUGUUGAACCCAUCCAGUUUGGAACCAAUCAUGAUGAGAGAACAACCCUUGGUUCCACCCAAUGGAGCAAUUAAAACAUAUAAAAGUGUCCGAGCUGAAUCUAUAAAAUUAAUCGUUACUCAAUCGGAAACUAUGAUUGAAACUGCGUCUUUUUUGGUUAAGAAUGAUCAUAUUGGGAAAUCAAUUAUUGAAAUUUUGGGGGAUCGAUUAUAUUUAAAUUAUGCAAGUUUCCCAUAUGGACCUGAUUCUGCAUUGACACAUAUUUUACAAUGGCAUCCUUUUAUUUUAAGUAAGACUUCGGUGGUACCUACAAAGACAAUUUCAUCAUAUCAUCGAUUCAGAGAUGAUACUGAUGAGAAAUUUGUUUAUUCUGAGGGUGAUUUUGUUGUACAAUGGGCUGAUUGUAAGAGUGAAAUUUGUGAACAAGUAUUAGAUGCAUAUCAUCCAAAGAUAAAAAGACCAAACCAGUAG